AUGUCAUCAUCAUCAUCCUACGCCGCUGCUUUAUCCGCCCUUGUUACUGCCAACUUGCCUGCUCAACAUUUACAACUAAGUGCUCAUUGUGCCCCUGAGCCCUCCGCCUCACAUGGGAGUGCCUCAUCUAGCACAGCUUCUUCCCAGUCUCCUCCAGUCGAAGCACAUCCAUCCCCGCCUGAGUCGGUGGGAUCAUACAACGAGCAGGAGAACCCGGCAGAUUAUGGGAUAGGAGGUUAUUAUCCUGUUGAAAUUGGAGAGAUUUUUGAGGAUCGAUACCAGGUGGUCAAAAAGUUGGGAUGGGGUCACUUUUCGACUGUGUGGCUCUGCUGGGAUAUGGUGACAAGGCAUUUUGUUGCACUGAAGGUGGUGAAAAGUGCUCUGAUGUUUACAGAGACAGCGUUGGAUGAGAUCAAACUUCUGAAAUGUGUGAGGGACAGUGACCCUAGAGACCCCAAACGUGAGAGUAUUGUUCAACUAAUUGAUGACUUCAGGAUCUCUGGAGUACAUGGAGAACAUGUGUGCAUGGUAUUGGAAGUUCUGGGCCAUCAGCUCUUGAGAUGGAUCAUCAAAUCCAACUACACUGGUCUUCCAAUCCCUUGUGUCAAAAGCAUUAUCAGACAGGUUCUGCAGGGUUUGGAGUAUUUGCACACUAAGUGCAAGAUCAUACACACAGACAUCAAGCCAGAAAACAUUCUCCUACGGGUGGAUGAAGUGUAUGUUCAGAAACUGGCAGCUAACACCAAACUGUGGCAACUGCCUGAUUCCAUUGCGUUCACCAGCCAACCAAAAAGUUCAACAGCCAAACAAAAAAAGAGUUUGUCCAACUUAAUGGGAAGAUUGACAGGGGUUUUUCACAACAUCGGGAAUUGGUCUAGCAAAGCUUCAAGGUCAAAUCUAAAACGACUGAUAUGGACGGAGAGGAAGCAACGAGCCAAGGACAAUGCCUCUGACCAUGGCCAAAAGCAACGUCGUGAUGGCAUUUCCGAUGUUACAACUCCGUCUCGUGGAUUUACCGCUACUUGUCAAUCAUUGCUCCCGGCUUCUGACCUCACAUUAAGGAGACGGACCUUGCUGUUGUCCGACGGGCAGAACUCACCUAUGCUCAGUUCCAGAGACAUCAGCUCAUCAUUGCCAGACAUUACAAAAAAUGUUCGCAUUUCUGCUCCAGAUUUCUCCAGAUGUCAAUUUUUACAUCAGACGUCUGACAAGCAAACCUCCCCUAAUGGAAUCAGUGACUAUGACGGUCCUCUUGACCUUCUGUUGCCGCAAAAUGCUGACAAGCUGUUUAUUAAGAUUGCUGAUCUGGGCAAUGCUUGCUGGUUGCACAAACACUUUACUGAGGACAUCCAGACAUGUCAAUACCGCUCAGUGGAGGUCCUAAUUGGUGCUGACUACAGCACCCCGGCCGACAUCUGGAGCACUGCCUGCAUGGCUUUUGAGCUGGCAACAGGGGACUAUUUGUUUGACCCACAGUCAGGGGCCACAUUCUCCCGUGAAGAAGACCAUAUUGCACAUAUUAUCGAACUGCUGGGACCGCUUCCAUCACAGUUUGCCCUCUCAGGGAAAAAAUCGAAAAGAUUCUUCAACCAUAAAGGACAACUGAGGCGUAUCUCGAGGCUGAAGCCGUGGAGCUUGUUAGAAAUUUUGCUGGAUAAAUAUGAGUGGCCGCAGGACGAAGCGACCCAGUUCAGCUCGUUCCUCCUGACCAUGUUGCAUCUUCAGCCGGGAAAAAGGGCCACAGCGGCUCAAUGUCUGAAACACCCGUGGAUCUCAUCUUGA